GCUUUUAAGGAGAGAAUUUGGGCGUUAAAAACCAUGUCACACUCGCAUCCAACCCAAGCCAAUUAAGAAGUAAGCUCCAUUCAACAAUAAUAUUUUGUCCUUGUCCAUCUGAGAGAGAGAGAGAGAUGGCAGUUUCAGGCCAUGACUUCGACGUGAUUAUCGUCGGCGCAGGCAUCAUGGGCAGCUCCACAGCCUACCAAGUCGCCAAAAGGGGUCACAAAACUCUCCUAAUCGAGCAAUUCGAUUUCUUGCACCACCGCGGGUCGUCUCACGGCGAGUCCCGCACCAUGCGCGCAACCUACCCGGAGGACUACUACUACGCUAUGGUAAUGGAGUCCUACAAACUCUGGGAGGAGGCCGAGUCCGAAAUCGGUUACAAGGUCCACUUCAAGGCCCGACAUCUCGACAUGGGCGCGUCCGACGACAAGUCCCUCCAUGGCAUCAUAGAGACUUGCAUCAAACACUCCGUCCCACACGAAGUUCUCGACCCCCGACUACUGGCCGAAAAGUUUUCCGGCAUGUUCAAUAUCCCGGAGAAUUGCGUUGGAGUGUCUAACGAGUAUGGCGGCGUUAUAAAGCCCACGAAGGCAGUAUCCAUGUUCCACACACUAGCGCUUCAAAACGGUGCUGUUCUUAGGGACUUCAUGGAAGUGAAAGAUAUCAGAAAAGACGGUAUCAAAGGGGGAAUAUGGGUUUACACAAGCAAUGGUAAAAAGUUUUGGGGCAAAAAAUGCGUGGUGACAGUUGGGGCUUGGACAAGCAAGUUAGUCAAAAGGGUUAGCGGGGUUGAGCUGCCUAUACAACCCUUGGAGACUACCGUGUGUUAUUGGAGAAUUAAGGAGGGGCAUGAGUCUAAGUAUAGGAUCGGAGGGGAUUUCCCGACGUUUGCGUACUAUGGGGAGCCGUAUAUAUACGGGACGCCGUCGCUGGAGUUUCCAGGGUUGAUCAAGGUGGCGGUGCAUGGUGGUUAUCCAUGCGAUCAGGACAAGAGGCCAUGGGGCCCGGGAAUCGCGUUGGAGUCCUUGAAACAAUGGAUUGAGGAAAAGCUGGCAGGGCAGGUUGAUUCGGCGGCAGGGCCUGUGGCAACGCAAUUGUGCAUGUAUGCGAUGACCCCGGACGAGGAUUUUGUGAUCGAUUUCUUGGGCGGGGAGUUCGGGAAGGAUGUUGUGAUCGGAGGUGGGUUUUCGGGGCAUGGGUUCAAGAUGGGCCCGGUGGUGGGGAGGAUACUGGCUGACCUUGUGCUUGGUGGGGAGGCAAAAGGAGUGGAGCUAAAGCACUUUAGGAUGGGAAGGUUUGAGGAGAAUCCCAAAGGGAAUGUCAAGAAUUUUUUAAGUUCAAAAGUCUAAUCUCCAGUCACUUGUUUCGGUCCCCACCGAGUGAAUAAUGAAUGAAAACACACCCGUUUUCUCUAGUCUUA